AUGGUUCGCCAUAAAAAAGAAAACUUUUCGAGAGGUGGCAAGAAGUUCUCCAACCCCCGCUCUCGACCGGUGCCCCGCGGUGAUGAUGGUGAGGAGGGUGCAGUCUCGGCGCGACCUGAGUUCAAAGCUGCAUGCUGGGAUAUGGGACACUGCGAUCCCAAGCGAUGCUCGGGGAAACGUUUGAUGAAGCUGGGAUUGAUGCGCGAUCUACACAUUGGCCAGCGCCACCCCGGUGUGAUUGUUUCACCCAAUGCGAAAAAGAUUAUCUCUCCGGCUGAUCGAGAGCUCAUGGAGCAACAUGGUGCUGCGGUAGUGGAGUGCUCGUGGGUUCGAGUCAAGGAAGUCCCUUGGUCGCGCAUUGGCGGCAAAUGCGAAAGACUGCUACCCUAUCUGAUCGCAGCCAACACUGUCAACUACGGAAAGCCAUGGAGAUUGAACUGCGUCGAAGCGCUCGCCGCCUGUUUCUUCAUUUGCGGUCACGAAGAGUGGGCGCAGCAGGUCCUCAAACCCUUCCGAUAUGGCGAGGCCUUUCUGGAGAUCAAUUCCGAACUUUUGAAACGCUAUGCCGCAUGCAGCUCGGAAGAAGACGUGAAGAGGACUGAGGAGGAAUGGCUAGCCAAGAUCGAACAAGAAUACGAAGACAGCCGUGCCGAAGGUACCAACGAUAUCUGGACCACUGGAAAUACCAACCGACUACCGGCCAGACAUGGCUCCGACGACGAAGAUGAUGAUGAUAGUGAAGAUGGAAGCGAAGAGGAAAACGAAAGCGAAGAGGAACAGGAAGACAAAGACCCGUUCGCAAUCUCCGACGAUUCUGAAGAAGAGGAUCAGAUGGCCGAAAUCCGACAAAAGAUUCUCAACUCCAAGUCGUUCCAGAACCCCUCCGCAUCUGAUAAGCCACAACCCGAAAAGAUUGCGGCUCCGGAAAAGCCUUUGUAUGUGGAUUCUGAUGCAGAGUCUGGUUCGGCCGGAAGCGAGGACGAAGACUUUGACAAUAUCAUUAACGCGACCACAGUGACUGAUCGCACCGGUAUCAAGGAGAUCCAGCGUCGACGGGGACAAGAAACAGUCAGCGCCUCAUUCUCACGGGCUGAAAUCUCGGCACCCAAGAGAUGGUGA